CGCGCAGAGAGACGCGCCUUUACGCAGCGGGCUGAAACCUGGAAGACCCCGACGGUCGCCGUUCAUCCUGCGCAGAGACCGCGCCGCUCGGCUUCCGUGCCUCCAGCGGGGGAGAUCGCCAGCCCUCUUGAGCCCUUCGUUCCUCGAGGAGCCAGCUGCCCCCCUUGCAAAAAAAUUAAGCCGAAUCAAACAUGAACGGGACUUUGGAUUGCCUGCGGGACCACACGCUAAACGAAGAGCAAGGGGCGUUCAUGUUUACUUCGGAAUCCGUCGGAGAAGGGCAUCCAGACAAAAUAUGUGACCAGAUCAGUGAUGCUGUCCUUGAUGCCCACCUGAAGCAAGAUCCAAAUGCCAAAGUUGCUUGUGAGACAGUCUGUAAAACAGGAAUGGUGCUACUCUGCGGCGAGAUCACAUCCAGAGCUGUUGUGGACUACCAGCAGAUCGUCCGAGACACAAUUAUGAACAUAGGCUAUGAUGAUUCAGCUAAAGGCUUUGACUACAAAACCUGCAAUGUUCUUGUGGCAUUGGAGCAACAGUCACCUGAUAUUGCCCAGGGGGUUCAUCUACACAGGAACGAAGAAGAUGUUGGCGCUGGGGACCAGGGCCUGAUGUUUGGCUACGCAACUGAUGAAACAGAAGAAUGCAUGCCUCUAACCGUUAUGCUUGCCCAUAAACUGAAUGCCAAAAUGGCCGAGCUGAGACGCAGUGGGGUCCUCCCCUGGCUUAGACCAGACUCUAAAACCCAGAUUACAGUUCAAUACAUCCAGGAAGAUGGAGCUGUUAUCCCUGUGCGGGUUCAUACCAUCGUCAUCUCUGUGCAGCACGAUGAAAGCAUCUCCUUGGAUUCCAUGCGCAAAGCCUUGCAGGAACAUGUGAUCAAACCCGUAGUGCCACCCAACUACUUAGAUGACAACACUGUUUACCAUCUUCAACCCAGUGGCCGCUUUGUUAUUGGAGGCCCACAGGGGGACGCAGGAGUUACUGGCCGGAAAAUCAUUGUGGAUACGUAUGGUGGAUGGGGAGCCCAUGGUGGUGGAGCUUUCUCGGGCAAAGACUACACAAAAGUUGACCGGUCAGCAGCAUACGCAGCCCGGUGGGUUGCCAAAUCUUUGGUGAAAGCAGGGCUGUGUCGUCGGGUUCUGGUCCAAGUUGCCUACGCUAUUGGAGUGGCUGAGCCGCUUUCCAUCUCCUUGUUCACCUACGGUACCUCGGUAUAUUCUGAGCAAGAGCUGCUCAACAUUGUGCACCAGAAUUUUGACCUUCGACCGGGAGCCAUUGUCAAGGAUCUGGAUUUAAAGAAGCCUGUGUAUCAGAAGACUGCUUGUUAUGGUCACUUUGGAAGAAGUGAAUUUACUUGGGAAGUUCCUAAGAAGCUUGCCUUCUAACCACCUUGGGCCAACCUCUCCAUGUCAAAGGAACAGGAUUUUACUACCACGAGUGCUUCCGUUGACCAGAGUCAAUGCUAAAAAAAAUGGAGAAAUAUUCACUGUUUGCUUUCUCUACAUCUCACUACCUGCAGACCUAUAGAGGAUAAAAGAGCAGAUGGAUACCAUUUUAAUUUUGUCUGAUGCUGCUAUUUGGAGGGAGGGGGAGAAAGUUCCAUUUAAAAAGACAAGAUGGCACUUAAACCUACAAUCAAACAAUGGAUUUUUUUUUCAACCCAGCAACUCCGCAUCAUUCUAAAACACUAGUAGGAAGAAAGGUUUUCUCCAAAGUCAUUAUGCUUUCUCAACAGGACAAUUUUGCAACAGGACAAUUAGAAGUUCUGGCAUCCUGCUUCCAUAAUGGAGUUCGUACAAUAAGACGUGACUAGACGCUUGGAGUGAAACAGAACUAUUUCCCUAUAUUGGAGUCUCAUCUUUUCAAAAGGGUUUUUGUUAGGUUUUACUCAUUCUAUUCCAGCUGUCUAAUCCAAUGUUUAAUUCUUUCUACUCUCUCGCUCUCUCUCUUUCCUUUUUUAACUGCCUUACAACUAAACGUUUUAGAUGCAUGCUUGGUGCCUUUUAUCUAUAUGCAUACAUGUUGCUAACAUUACUGGAACCCAUUCUAGACAGUUUUAGAUACAAAAGGCUUUUUAAAAAUCCACAGAAUUGUUGUGUACAAGCCACACAUUUCAGCCACCGGCUGAGCUGCCGUGAUUGUGUGGAAUGCUCAGGACAUUCAUGUGGCCUGGAGAGAAAGAGCCAACAGUGGAGUAAAUGCAGCAAGACGGGAGGGCGGACACAUGAAGGAGAGGAGACAGACAUAGUGGCAGUCUAUAAAGCAGGGAAAUGUUCGAAGGAUGGUUCUUGAAUGCUGAUGGUCAAGCAGUUGAGCUGGCAUUGGGAUAACACCGUGGAGGGCUCGGGGGAUAGGGAGGGAAGAGAGUAAGGAUAAGAUUUUCCAGUAUUUUUUAAAAAUAGACCCUGCCGUGUACUGACCCAGAAAGUCAGGGCAGAUAUUUGCUUCAAUCAGCACAAUAUUGUGGGCCGGUAGUGAAUGUGGAAAGGGGAAUGUCUCCCAUGAGCUGGAGAAGUGGUUCUGAAGGACAGCAGAGGAAGGGCACAAACUGGUGCCAAAGUACUGUUUGACGUAUCUUAGUUCAACUAGAAUAAUAAUACAGGCAUUUAGCUCUGCCUUUCUAGGUUUCCCUAUCGGCCGGGUUCCUUGAAAUGAAGGUUGUCCCCAAGGAAAGCUUCAUCUGCUUGGGAUGGAAAGGAAGUUCUCUCUACAGUGGCUUGUGACACUUCUGUGCGUUGUCUCAUCAGAAUCAGAACUCAGUAUUUUACUGUGUAAAGCAUCACAUAUGCUGAAUGGUGCUAUACAAAUUGCUGUUAUUAACAGAUGACAGCAGGUGUCAUCAUCACAAUUCUGUCUCAGGAUCACAGGCAUAGUUUGCUCCCAGCCCUGUUUACCAGCCCUGGAAAAUCCUAUCAGUGCCUUGGUAGAUGUAUGUUGUUAAAAUUUGGGGUAGGGUUUUUUUUGUCCCCUCCACGUCUAGCCUUUUUUCUUCUCUCGUGUGUGGCCUGCAAAUCUCUCUUGGCAUUUUGCAUGUCAAAACAAAUGUGCUAAAGUGGUUUUCGUCUUCUGAUGGGUGGAAGAUCUUUUGUAUAGGCCUCAGAACAUCACUGCGUUGGGAUGCAAAACUGGCAGAGAGAGGUAACUGUAUCUUUUCAAAAGAGAGAAAAGGAUGCAAAGUACACUUUUUAAACGGCAUUUAAGGGGACAGUGACAGCCAGUUUGGUGUUGUGGUUAAGGCAUCGGACUAGAAACCAGGAGACUGUGAGUUCUAGUCCUGCCUUAGGCACAAAGCCAGCUGGGUGCCUUUGAGCCAGUCACUCUGUCUCAGCCCUGGGAAGGAGGCAAUGGCAAACCCCUUCUGGAAACCUUGCCAAGAAAACUGCAGGGACCGGUCCAGACAGUCUCCGAGAAUCGGGCACAAUUGAACAAAUUAAAAUUAAGCAGGGGUGGGGGGAGUAGAUCAGUUACCCACUAGAUAGCAGCCUUUGCGGGAGGAGUGCUGUGUUAUUCUAGGGUGGCAAAAAAUCAGGAAUCUGGUGGGACCUUUUCUGCUAACCAAUGUUAUAAAAGGCAUCAGGGUUUGUGUGCUUCAUCUCUGUGCAUCUGGUGAAAUAUGCUGCGGCUCACAAAAGCUGAUGCCUUUUAAUAACAUUUGUUGGAAAAGCUGCAACGCUAGACUCCUUCUGAGUUUUGGCCUUUAGAUGGCAGCAUAGCCCAGCCUGGAUUAUUGUUGGUCUCUCACCCAGUUAAAUGAAGUUAUAGAAAUGGAUGGAUUAGCUCUUCUCGUCGAUUUACAUCCCAAAAGUUCAAAAAUAACACAGGGGGCUUGGACUACAAUUUGCAAAACUAUUUGAACCGUUCUAGCUGAGCUAGGAAGUGCAGUGUUGCUUUUAAAUGGGGACAGAUAGAACUAAAUGGAGAUUUUUUCUGGGAUUGCCAAUGAAGAUGAAUUCAUACUUAUUAUGCCUCCCUAUUCGAGGAGCUUUCUUAAUGCCUCAGAUGACUAAAUUGCCAUUCUUUCCUUUAAGAAAGUGAUGAUUGUGGUAAUUUUGCUUUGCUAAUUUGUUCCUAAGUUCCUCAGUUUCAGAUCACGCAGGGCAGUGGUUCUCAGACUGUUUGACCCACGGGCCCCUUUUCCUGGUCUCGAAUGAUGUCAUUAACCCUCCUAUACACACAAACAUGCCUCUACUAUUUUACGCAAGUGUCUCAGCAGCGGCAGUCCCAAACUGGAUCCUCAGCUCACAAACAAGCAAGUACAAAUUGCUCCAUUACCCCAGGAUAUGACCAAAUUACCCCUUGGGGUAAUAACCACCAGUUUAAGAACCACUGACCCAGGGCAACUCUUUUGGGAAGGGGAAAACUCCAAGUCCUUAUUUAACAAUGAUUUUUCUCUCUCUCUCUCUUGAAUAUCUUCAGUAUCUCGAAAGCACUUUCAGAUAUCUAACAGAAUUUCAAAUGCACCAAAGUAGUUUCCAGUUUGCAGGAAAGACAAUUAAGCUGCAGGGUUCAUACAGCCCAGCCCUGGUGAUUAUAAGCUAUUUUUGCUUUCAGAUCAUUCUCAACUCAAUCUUGGUCUUAUCAUUUAGUGAAAUAUCAAAAGUUCUCCUUUUCUAAAUUUCCUUCUAAUCUUCCAGUAAGACAAUUCCUCAGCAUCUGGGUUGCAGUGCUAAGACAAUUUAACUGAGAACAAGGCCCUCCAAUCAAUCAAUCAAUCAAUCAAUCAAUCAAUCAAUGUUAGAUUAACAUGACCCACUAAGUUUCACAGUGGUCCUGUAUAUACUUAUCUACAAAUCCUUUCAAAUUGUGUGGAACUUACUUCUGAAAAAAUAUGCUAAGGAUUGAGUUAUGAACUUCUCUUGCUUGGUGCUUCUCUGAGACUUUGUAGGAGACUUCUGGCCAAACCCAGCAUAUUCGAUACACAGUUCCAAAGCUGUAGGCUAGACUGGAAGUUUGGAAAAAAAUAUCCCAUAUGAAGGCAAGGGCAACCCAUUUUUGCAUCGCUGCCAAAAAAGUUGUGUGGCUGUGUCCAUGAAAUCCCCAGGAUUGAGCUCAACUUGAAGAGGAAUUUAUUUUUUAUUCCAGUAUGAACAAUGGGAAACUUGGUUGCUUUCCUGAUGCAUUUCAUAUAAGUGCUAAGCAUCUAGCAGAUCUUGGUUGAUCUCUGAGAGGCUUAAACCUGUUGUGUAUUUGAGUAGAAGAUGGUCAGGAAUUCCCAAAGCUGUUGGCUGGACUCAAAGAUGUCAGCUACUAACCGUGAUGAUGAAAAGGUGACAAAAUGGACACUGAUGUCACAAUGCAAACCCUGCCCUUUUGUACUUGCAUUCCAACCUUGGAUGCAAAUAUCUAAGCCACAAAGUUUGUGCUGUGAUGCAUGUUUUGUCCCUUGAUCUUCCCCUUGGAUGCUGAUGGCUAGAAUGAGCAGUUGAAGAAACAUCCUAGAACAAGGGAGUAGUAGACCACUUUGAUUUUAUCACCAUGAAAACUAUGUAAAUAUGUCCAUGAAGCCACCUGCAGCUGGGGUCAAAUUGAGGACACUAAAAAUAGCUGGGUGGGCACAAGGAAGCUGAGUAGAUUUGGUACUAUUAGUACAUGAAUAGGAGACCACCGGACAAAAUCAGGACUGCAAGAUUUUGUUAGGGUUAAAGUUAGAAAAGAAUCUCAGAAAACAGCAAUGGCAAUCCACUUCAGUAUUGUCAAGAAAAGUGCACAGUUAUGUCAAUGUAGACAAGCAGUGCCAAGCUCAACUUGAGAAUAUCUUCACCUUUAUUUAUCUUUGAUUUUGUUUUUAGUCAUCUGCCAGUCUGAAUAUUUCAUGUAAUCCUAAGGAUCUGUAAUCCUGUAAUCCUAAAGCCAAAGACAAUGCUGAAAUGAUAACAUUGGUAUAAAUUGAGUGGAAAUUUUA